AUGUCGGGGGGAUUAUUUCGAUGUCGCAACGAGCGAAUCCGCUUUGAAAUUGUUUACGAAAGAGACCGGUUUAGGAAGUGGAGCUUACAGUACUGAUAUUGAAGACAAUUAUCACAGCGGAAAAGCAAAAGCGCUUAACAGGCGCAGGAUUUAACACUGAGGAUGGAGGAUGAUGCAGAACUGUUUUAUCGUCAGCUUCCGAAAGUGGAGCUCCAUGCUCACCUCAAUGGCUCUGUGAGUGUCGCAACUAUGAAGCGUCUUAUAGCCCGCAAACCGCAUCUGAACAUCGACCAUAGUAUGACUGCCAUCCUGAAGGGCCAGCGGCGGACACUAGACGAGUGCUUUCAGGUUUUUAAAGUGAUUCAUCAACUUAUUGACACAGAAGAAGACCUCUUAAUGGUUACCAAAUCAGUUAUUCAGGAGUUUGCGGAAGAUGGAGUUAGGUACCUGGAGCUGCGGAGUACGCCUCGGGCUGAUGCAAACACUGGUCUAACAAAGGGAAGGUAUGUGGAAUCCAUCAUUGAAGCCAUCAGGCAGUGUAAGGAGGAGGACGUAGACACGGAGGUCAGGUUCCUGGUGGCAGUAGAUCGAAGGAAUGGGGCUGAGGUUGCCAUGGAGACAGUGAAGCUUGCGGAGGAUUACAUGCUGGCCAGUGACGGUUUGGUUGUCGGCAUGGACCUCAGUGGUGACCCAAAUGUGGGUCAUGGCAAAGACUUCCUGCCUGCCUUGCAGAAGGCCAAAAACUGUGGGCUGAAGUUGGCUCUGCACAUGUCUGAGGUUCCCUCCCAGACGGAGGAGUCGGAGCUGCUGCUGACCCUCCCCCCUGACAGGAUUGGCCAUGGAACUUUCCUACACCCAGAAGUGGGCGGGUCUCAGAGUCUGGUGGACAGAGUCAGAGAAAAAAAUAUUCCUUUGGAGCUGUGCUUAACGUCCAAUGUCAAGGGUCAGACUGUAGAUUCCUACCAGAAGCAUCACUUCCCAUACUGGUAUCAGCUGGGACAUCCCUGCGUGCUCUGUACGGAUGAUAAGGGCGUGUUCAGCACCACCCUCUCCAUGGAGUACCAGCUAGCGGCAUCCACAUUCGGCCUUGACCGCGAGGCAGUGUGGGCGCUCUCCCAGCAGGCCAUUGGCUGCAGCUUCACCACAGACGCCGUCAAGCAGCGGCUGCAACAGAGAUUUAAAGGUACCCCAGUUUGAAUGGAGGCCCAUUGACCCAUGUCAGGCUGAUUAUACAGACCUUCCUGCUCGACCAGUAAGUGGUUGUCUUACCCAUUCUCCCAUACUGUACCUUAAUGGUAAAAUAUUUUGGUGCCUAUUUGGUUCCAUGUUACUGUUCGGAAGAGACAUGACCACAAAUGAUCUGCCAUUUGUUUAUUUUGUACAAGGGUAAACAAUAUUUACCACUCAAGUACCACUGACCCUGCCCCCCCCCCUUGCUACAACAGCACUCACCACCCAAAAACAUCCUCCCGCCAAGCUUCAUUUCCAUUACUGUACUGCCAACACAAACUAUCACAGAACUGAUCUACAUCUGCAUAGAUACCAAAAGGAGAUGCAUGGCCAUUGUUCAGAGAAUUCACAACACAGAAGGCCAACGUGGUAACGCCACAGGCCCUUAGCACAGUGAGCUACUGGUCUACGUUUAACACAUGUAUGAGUCUGACAACAGGAUCUGCACACACAAUGAGUCUCCAUCUUCCUGGAGCUUUAAAAAGCCAUUCAUCAUUCCACCCAUCUCAGUCUUUAAGAUGCUAAUGGAAGAAGUGCAUCAUGUGAUUUUUGAAUUUGAGACCAUUGUACGAUUUCAUGGAAAUCGGCUCUCGUUUCUUGUGUAACACAGUAGCUUGCAUGGAGUCACAUUAGCCAUAUAAACAAAAUUAUAGCAUAAACUGGCUAGUACCAAUCUGGAAGUUGGUGGUUGAUGUGCUGGUCACUCCAGUUCACGUUUGUGUUCCUGCAGCUUUGCCCCUCUCCUCCAUGGUAGCACAGUGGAAGCCGCGAGUUCCAUCGGGCCCACGGGGCAGUCGUAGAACACCCAAGGGCAGUCCAUCUGCGUUCUGGAUCUUGCGCCCAAGCAUGGGGCUGCCCACUGGGCUGCUCUCCUGGGAGGCAACUUGGCGUCGCCGCUGUACCCAGGGGCUACCCGAGGGAGUCAGGCUGCUGUCGGAGGAGUAGUCUGCCCUGCGCUGGCCAGACUCGGGGCUCAGUCGGCCCUCGCUGGCCAGAGGUGACUUGCAAGGGUGUGGAGACUUGCGUAGGGAACUUGGGCUGGCACGGGGACUUGACCAGGGGCUGGACCAUGGGGACACUGCUGGGCUCAGGUGGUUGUUCUGGUGGUAGCAGGAACCCGCUGCUGGGGGGCUCAGUUUAUUCUUCGGCUGGACUUUGCGGCUGAAGCGAGGGGAGGUGGGAUUGCUUUCCGUUUCAGAGGAGCUACACGCAGAAUCCUCUGCCUGAUACUGCAGCUCCCGCACACGGCUGUUCAAGGAGCGGCUCUUUGACGUCCCAUUGGCCUCCUGUGGUUUGUCCUUGGGCAGCUUCUUCUUGGGUGGCUUGGUACCAAUCAGGAUGACCUUCACGCCGAGUGGGCCAGCCACUCCAUCCCCACAACCCAUAGCCUCACUGGCUUUGAUCGCGGCUUCCACCUCCUCGAACUCCACGAUGGCGCACUCCUCAGUGCUGAGCUGCGUGUAGCGGCCACUCAGCUUCUUCAGGUCCACGGGCAGAUCCUUCCCAGGCUUCAGCACCCGCACAGAAGCUAUGGAGCCAUACGCCCCAAAGGCCUUGAGCAGGAGCUCCAUGAGAUAUUCUUGCUGCGUUGAACCAGCUCCCACUCCAUCUCCCUCACCCGAGCUGCCCUGUAAGGCCAGGCCCAGCUCCGGCCAACGCUGCAGCUCACUAAGCAGCAGCAUGCGGCUCGGCAGACUCUCGCUGGCAAACACGGGGACGGCAGAGCGCCGCCGCACCUUGCGCCCCUCCUCGUUCAGCUCCAGCACGGUGGACUGGCGCAGUGCGCAGGCUGUCGUCCGCCAGUCUCGAGUUAAGUGCUUCACCUGGCAAUAAUCAAAAGAUCAGAGAUCAUUCAAGGCUCCAAUUUGGUAAUUUAAGUGCUCAUUCCAGAUUCAUACCAUUAUUAAAAAGCUACUCAAUGGCAAAAGUACAUUAGAUUUGCUUUAGGUUCCACCACUAUUGUUGUACAAGAUGUUCUAGCUUUUCCCCCCCAUUGUGCCCAAAUAAUUCUGCUUCAGUCCCAUGACAAUGAGCCAAGACCACAUUUUCACAUACAAUGUAGGCAGUACCAAGUUUAAAACCCUGGCACAGCUAAAGUUGGACUACAGAAAUGCACUGAUGUACAUUAACUAUUAUGCAAUUCUGUACCUUGGUACUGUAGACUUAGAACCCUAAUUGGCCUGGGGGGGUUGAGGGAUUCACCUAUCAUUUUGGGGCUGUGAAUGGUUUGGGAACCCAUGAUGUAAAUAUGCAGACGCUGGGUACCUUCUUGAAGGAUGUGAGCAACUUUAUGCUAACAUAGCCCAGCUUGUUCCGCCGGAUGUGCUUGAGCAGGAAGGCGUCAUGCUCGAGGUUCUCGUCGGACAGGUAGUACUCGAUCUGGGCCACCAGCUUCUGGGAGAGCUCGGGGUGUGGUGGCUGCCAGCUCUCCUCCUCAGCUUCCCCACCACUUGUUCCUGCUCCGCUGAGUAAAAAGGACAGUUUCACCCAUUGUAUUUGUUACUCAUGCCCACUGUUACAAAGCCAAGCUGUUGUAUAUAUGCAACUGGACUAAAGUGUUUCUGUAUUGGAACUGAAGAAAUCUUCAGAUGUUAUUCAACGCAACUUGCAGCUACCAAUCUCUGAAGAUGGAUUGGUGGAAAGUCAGGGCUACCAAAACUACUUGAUAUAAGUUGCAGUAUCACUCCAUUAGCAUACCAGCAAUUUGGUUACAAGCAGCAAAAAGAAUCUAGUGUCACUGCAAUCCUGACAGUCAACUCCCCAAACAGCACAGCAUAAAGGGUGCUGCAAUAGUGCCUGUCCAUUAAGGAAUUGCAGAUACCUUACCGAUAACUGCAGAUAACUGAUUGCAAGCUGUUUUUUUUUAAUAAAAGUGCUCACGAAUGAAAACUGGCAUUGGUGAAGGUAACACCUCCAGGAGUAAAUCAGGGAACGUUCCAUUUUACCCGAAUUCCAUAAUGAAAAACCAAAAGCCAUUAGUAAGUGGAACAGCGGAGUUUUAGUGAUCUCUGUCUAGGCUAAUCGACUUUAAAGAAUAACCCAAACAUUCGUAUGGUUAACUGCACAAAAGUAGUAAAGCAAAACACGUAUGACGCUGGAUCAUAUCGGCAACAGGUCUAGGUAAAGAAGCCGUUCCCGAAUUGACACGCCGCUAGAAUGACCUGCGUCAGUGACGCGAAGGUGACAAUACAAGGGCGUGCUGGUGAUAUGACACGAUAUGAGGUCACGUCACAUCUUCUUAAUAUUAAGGAAUGUUACAAUAUAGCUCCAUUAAAAACGUUUAGAAAUGUAAACACGGAUUUAAAUAUACUUGUAAUAAAAUUAGUUACCUUGA